AAUGAGAACAGGCGUUGCUUGGAAAAGCGCGUAGCUGCGCCGGGUGGCGUGCCGGGAAGCAAAAUGGCGGCGCCGGCGUCAACUUUGCCGCCUCAGCUCGUGGGCAAGUUGAAGGGAUCCUUUGCAUACAAUACAAUUAAAGACAAGCUGCCAGUAAUCCUGAAUAGAGUUAUCAAUAAUCUGGAGCAACAUAAAAAUGAAUUCUUUGAAGAACAUGGUGAAAAAGGUAUUGAAGCACAGAAGAACGUUAUAGUCCUUCUCACCAAGUUACGAGAUGAGCUGCAGGCAGACAAGCCACUGACUUCCUUGAAUGACAGCCUCCAUGACACCACUCUGUGGAACCAGUGCUUAGAAUAUCAUCAAAAAUUAUCAGAUGGACCACCAAGCUGGUUUCAGUCUCCUUGGCUAUAUACAGAGUGUUAUAUGUAUCGUAGAAUUCAUGAGGCACUCGCUCGGAAUCCACCUAUCAAUGACUAUGAUGUAUUUAAAAAAGAAAAGGAUCAUGGUUUCUUUGAAUCUCAGGAAGCUAUUAUUGUUUUAAGCACCUAUCUACAAGAGCUGUUGAAAAACAUAAAGGGCCUAGAUGAAAAAUCCCUGAAGGAGGAAUUUUUGAAGCUGCUACAGGUUUCUCUGUGGGGUAAUAAGUGUGACCUGUCAAUGUCAGCUGGGGCAGAUAAUUCUCAGAAGUCUGACCCAUUACUGUCUGUGGAAGAGUUAAAACCUUUUAUCUUGGUGGAUCACAUGGAAAAGCUUUGGUCACUGCUUAUAAACAAAAAGAACAUGAAUAAGCAGACUACUAGACUUGACAUAGUCCUGGAUAAUGCUGGUUUUGAACUUACUGCUGACCUUAUACUGGCUGACUUCUUGUUAUCCUCCAAAUUAGCUACUGAAAUUCAUUUCCAUGGGAAAAGCAUCCCAUGGUAUGUGUCAGAUACUACAAGGCGUGACCUGAAUUGGACAAUUAAGCAAAUGCAGUCAGCUAAUCACAAAGGGAUGUCUAGGUGUGGUAUCUCCUGGGAGGGCUAUUUGAAAAGUGGUGUCUGGAUUUAUCAUGAUCACUUGUUCUGGACAUCACCACAUGAAUAUUGUAGGAUGGCUCAAGUGGCUCCUGAUUUGUACAGUGAAUUGCAGAAGUCAAAUUUAAUUAUUUUUAAAGGUGAUUUGAACUACAGAAAGUUGAUAGCUGAUCGGAAGUGGGAAUUCACAGUGCCAUUCCAUCAAGCCUUGAACAAUUUUCACCCUGCCCCCCUCUGUAGCUUAAGAACGCUAAAAUGUGAUAUCCAGGUUGGGCUGAAACCUGGACAAGGUGAACAGCUUACUAAAACUGAACCUGAAUGGAUGAUCAUUGGGAAAUAUGGAAUAGUUCAGUUUGAUGCUGCUUCAUGAUUGGCUUGUAUAAAGCAUAGCACUGUUCAUGAAUACUGUUUAUGAUGUUUAAGAUUGGAAGGCUUACUUGUGUUCAAUAUUCAUGUUCUUUAUUUUCUUCUACAGUUCUUAGAUUUUUAAAAUUGUGUGCAAUUGUGAAAGUUUACAAACCCUUUUCUGUUAUUCUCAAAGUAUCAGAACCAUCUGAAAGGCUAUCUUUCCUCUUUUAAAAAACAUUUAUGGAUAGAGUCAAUAAGUGAGUGUUUUAAUGGUUUGCCCCCAUCUGUCCUCUUACACUGUUUUAGCUAUUACAGUGCAGCACUUUGCCUUGUGCAUUUACAGUUAUUUAGCAGAUGUUUUUAUAGCUUAUUUGGACAAAAUUUAAUAAAAUAACACAUGUAAAUAAGCAUCUCAAUAAUUUCUUCAGUAUAACAGCUAUAUCAUUGGACGACAGUAGCUUAAAGCAG